AUGCACGUUGCAUUGAACAUCGACGGCCUGUCCGACGCCCUCGAAACUGGGCUGAACCUCUCUGUGGCCCUCCGUCGUGACGCUCCUCAAACGGAGCGAACAGGAAGAGCCCGUGCCGCGCGUGAGGUGACCGAGGAGGAUGGUUACGCGAGUGCAGGAGACGACACCCGCUCAUACAAGAGCAAUGGCGAUGCCAGCGAUGAGUACGAUAUCCCUUACCCGGAAGUGUUCAACUACCUGGGUCACUGGGUCGUUUUCGACGGCGAGGAUCGCGGUUAUUACUGCGAUUUUCGUGAAGUUCAGAGAGUCACCGCCGGCAUGUCUGACCCCAACAUCCGCGAGUACAAGACCUCUCAGGACGCUCAGCAAGCCUACGAUAUUGCAAUCGCUGCGGAGACGGUAGCCGCCGCCCGUGCUGCCCACAACGGCAGGCGCAGCGGAGCCCCUUCGAAUCCUGGAAGAGUCUCCUCGCCUCCCUCACACCCCUCGCCUCAUCGAUCUCCCCAGCUCCGUAAACCCUCCACCCCUGUGCGCGCAUCAUCUGCUCGCUCAGCCCAGUCCUCUUCCAUGUCCCCAUCGACCCAUUCCACACCUCCUGCCCCCCAACAGGCCAAGCCGGCCUCUGCUUCUUCUCCCGCGGCCCCCAUUUGCCGGUCGUAUCCAGACCCGUACAUCGGGCCUGGACGCGACCAGUUCAACCGUGAUCAUGGGGUCUCUCGUAAGAAUAAGCAGAAGUGUUACGUAGUUUUUAUCGGACGUAGGCCCGGAAUAUACUUCACUUGGCGCGAGGCUUUAGCUCAGACCAACCGUGUCCACAAUGCUUCUCAUGGCAGCUACACCGACUUGAAGGAGGCGGUUGACGAGUACCAUGCUCGUGGGCGCCUCGGAGAAGUUCGCGUUGAGACGGGAAGACUAUAG